UACACUUUUAAUUGCUUGCAUUAUGAGAAGAUUAAUCUUUGCAUGUAAUAGAACAUCAAAUGUUUGAAAUUAGAUUUCUAUCAAUGUCACAAAAGCUUUUCUUGCUCAAAGUUUUUGUAAAGUGUGUUUGUAAAGCGCCAUCUGUCGCUCAUAGCUGGUACUGAUUUGUGGCUCUGGCUACCCAUUUAAUUACUAACCUCAGAGAAAACAUGAGAACAAUCAAUGAGUUGGUCCGACAUGUCAGAAGAGUUUCAACAUCAACACCUCAAUAUCGAAAGAGAGUUGUGGUAACUGGACUUGGCCUUGUGACGUGCUUAGGUGUUGGAGCUAAAAAAGUGUGGAAAAGGCUGCUCAAUGGAGAAUGUGGAAUCACCAAAAUCACUGAACCUGGGUUUGAAAAGAUACCAUGCCAAGUUGCUGGAUAUGUGCCAGCAAAUGAACUCAAUAUCGAACAGUUGAUUCCAAAAUCUGAACUCAGGGAGAUGAGCAUGGGGUCAAUUUAUGCAUUGGCUGCAGCUAAUGAGGCGUUGGAGGAUGCUGACUGGCAUCCAUUUACUGAUGAAGAGAAAGAAUAUACAGGUGUGGCUGUAGGGAUGGGCAUGUCAAAGUUUGGAGACAUCGUUGAUGCUGGAAUUACUCUCAAGAAUCGAGGCUAUAGUCGAAUCAGUCCCUUUUUUAUACCUAAAGUUUUGUUGAAUAUGCCUGCUGGACAUGUCAGUCUCCGAUAUGGAUUAAAGGGUCCCAAUCAUGUGGUUAAUACGGCAUGUGCCACAGGGUUACAUGCUAUAGGUGAUGGCUCGAGGUUCAUACAGAAUGGGGAUGCUAACGUAAUGGUAUGUGGUGGAACUGAAGCAUCUGUCGGACCACUGGCAAUUGCAGGAUUCGCUCGCAUGAGGGCAUUAUCAACAUCAUUUAAUGACCGCCCUAUUGAAGCAUCGAGGCCUUUCGAUAAAGAUCGAGAUGGAUUCGUCAUGGCUGAUGGUUCGGGUGUAGUGGUACUUGAGGAAUACGAACAUGCCAAAAAUCGUGGUGCAAAGAUAUAUGCAGAGAUUUUAGGUUAUGGGUUAUCUGGCGAUUCCUUUCACUUGACUUCGCCAGACUCGGAAGGGGCUGGCGCCCGUAGGAGUAUGUCUGCAGCGCUUCAGAAUGCUGGGUUAUGUCCCCAGGAUGUGACACACAUCAACGCACAUGCUACAUCAACGCCUUUAGGUGAUGUUGCUGAGUGUAAAGCAGUGUUUAGGGUAUUCGGUGAGAAUUCUAAAAACAUUUUAAUGACGUCAACAAAAGGUGCUAUUGGACACUUGCUUGGUGCUGCCGGUUCAGUUGAGGCCAUAUUUACCAUCUUGGCCUGUUAUCAUGGAAUUGUCCCUCCGACGCUGAACCUAUUCAAUCCAGAUACUGGGGUAGAUUUAAACAUUGUGAGGGGGAGAUCCGCAACAUGGGACUUGGACAAAAGAAUAGGACUGACAAACUCCUUUGGAUUUGGUGGGACAAAUUCAAGUAUGUGCAUUGGAAGUGUCAAUGAAGCUCACAGUUGAUGACGAUCUUAAAGCAUUACAAUUUUGCCAGGAUAAACGAGUGAAUGUAUCAAUUUGAAAGUGUGGGGUGGAUACUGAAGAUGCUCUCAGCAAGAUCAACAUGAAGAGACUAAAACAUUGUCAGGUACAUGUAUGUUAAAAAUGCAUGUUUUUGAAUGUACAUGUAUGUUCAAUGUCAGACAUGUACUAGU